AUGGCCCAGCCCCUUCGCGUGAAGGAUAACGGUAAUAAAGUUCCAGGAAGUUCCAUGGAAGGCACAACCAGUAGAAAAAAGUUGCCACAAGCAGCUGGAACUGAUAAAGGACGUACUGUAUCGCAUUCUGAUUUGGUUGAGAAGCCGAAGAAGUUGCAAUAUUCCUAUGAGAAUGUUUUCUCUAUUGGCUAUGAUAGGAGUCUCUUCAAUUCACUAGCAUCACCUCCUCAAACGAGAACUUGCCAUCAUUGUGGUCUGUUUGGAUCCCUCAGAUGUUCGCAAUGUAAGCAAAUAUACUAUUGCUCUGUGGAUUGUCAGAAGAAAGAUUGGCCAUCCCAUAGUGUUGUGUGUGAGCCAGUUAAACAGAAUUCAAGUAAUAACAGUGGAGGCAAGAUACCUGCUAAAACAAAGACAGGACUUUACCUUAAGGGUAAUUCAACGUCUGUGGAUUCCCUCAAGACAGAAGUGCAGUGCAAGAAAAUAAUGUUGUCAGAUCUCCGGAGUCUAGGUCUCAAAAAAGCUAUGGAAGUACAGGGUACAGUAACAGAAUUCAGGAGUCCAAGUGAAUUUUAUAUACAGAUGAGUUCUCCAGAAGUUUUAGACCAGAUCAGUAAACUUUCUGUGAAACUGCAAGACUGUUACGCUAACACGGUUAUUCAGGAGCAUUAUGUGGCUAUCAAAGGAGAAAUCUGCGUUGCAAGGAAUUCUUUGGAUCAGACAUGGAAUAGAGCACUGGUUAAAGAUGUGGAUAUAUUGCAAAAGAAAGCGCAAGUAUUCUAUAUAGAUUAUGGAAAGGAAGAAAAUAUUCCGCUCUCCUGGAUUAAAGCUCUUCACAAAGACAUUGAACUGCUUCCUCCAUGUGCAAUUAAGUGUUCCUUUGCUAAUUAUGAUCCAAAACAAAGAGGAUGGAAUGAAGGCGUCGACAUCUUUUCUUCCCAGCUCAUGGGGAAGACCUGUUCAGUAAUUGUUGUUGACAUAUUACAGGAGGAAAUGAUGUCAAGAUUUGCUGUGGAUGUUGUUCUUCCAGAUUUUUAUAAACUGCCUUUAGAAAUGAGGUCUAAUUUAACUCCAGGAAGUAAUACCGAAGGAACAGGCUCUCCAAAAGUGUCGGAAAACCAUUCUAUGGGAGGUAAAGAAAAAACACCUGAAGAUCAAGAUCUGCUUUGCUGUGGAAAAUCAGUAGCAGAGUGUGUCUCUGUAUGUAUUGGAGACACGUUCCCUGGUGUGGUUUCCCAUAUUCAAAAUCCAGACAACUUUUUCUGUCAGCAGAUGCGCAGUGGCCGUCAUCUUGCUGAGCUUCAGGUGUGUCUUGAUGAACACUGUAACAAACUUCCUAGCAAUCCAGAUUUCCGUCCUGCUUCAGGAGAUUUGUGCUGUGCCCAGUUCACAGAAGACAAUCUUUGGUAUCGUGCUGCUGUUAUAACAUAUACUUCUGAAGAUACUGUUCUGGUGGGAUACAUAGAUUAUGGGAAUUUUGAAGUUCUCCAGCCAACCAGACUUCGUCCUAUGACUCCAAAAUUAAUGAACUUGCCAGCUCAAGCCAUAAGAUGUACCUUGGCAGGUGUAAAGCCACUAAGGGGAGCCUGGUCCUCAGAAGCUAUUUCUCUUAUGAAACAGUUAGUGAAAGACAAGGUGCUGACAGUGAAAGUAGUGGAUAAAGAGAGUUAUAGAUCUGUCGUGGAGCUUGUGGAUGCAUCUGUUAUUCCGGAAAUAAAUAUAUCGAGCUAUCUCCUACUGAAAAACUGUGCAGCUGAAGAAUCAAGGAUGGCUUCCUUGCCAGCAACUGAAAUAAGCGUUGUUAAGCAAGCAGAUGACGACACAGCAAACAAAAAAAAGUGGGGAUGGAAUAAAUUAACUCUUCAACAAACAGUAGAUGUGAUAGUGUGUACACUGUACAGUCCUGGAGAAUUCUACUGUCAGAUUUCAAACAGUGAGUUACGUGCUCUAAACUUACUUAAUAAAUCAUUGUCUGAAUACUGCCGGAAAACUCCUCCAAAUCUUUUUAAGCCAGAGAGUGGAGAACCUUGCUGUGCUUUUUUCUCUGAUGAUGGUAACUGGUAUCGUGCUUUGGUGCAAAAUGUUACUUCAGAUGGAAUUGUUAAGGUAUGCUUUGUGGACUACGGGAAUGUUGAGGAAGUACCACUGGAUAAAAUACGACAGAUUUCAUCCUCGUUCCUACAGCUGCCAUUUCAAGGAAUUAAAUGCUGGCUUUCAGGUAUAAAGCCUGCUAACAGCAAAUGGAUUCCAGAAGCAACAGAAAGAUUUCAUGCAUUCUCUGCAGGGAUGAAGCUUCAAGCCAAAGUAACUUCCCUUUCUAGAGAUGGGGCAGGUGUAGAGCUUAUUGAUAAUUCCACAGGUUAUCCAAAAGUGAUCAAUGAGAUACUAACUUCUGAAAAAUUGGCUGUAAGGGAAGAUCUACAAGACAAAAGUAAUCUUCCAAAUAAGUCUGACAAUAAAGAAACCUCAGUUGGGCGCUGGAAGCCAAUAGAAUUGGCUAUGGAUGAAACCAUACCUGUCUGUGUAACAGAAGUUGUAAGCCCAGAUUUGUUCUAUGCCGUUCCAGUUCAAAGUAAAGAUCAUGAGAAACUACUUAGGCAGCUGAUUGAACUAGAUGACUACUGCAAAUCUUAUAAGAUGCAGUCAUUCACACCAAAAAUGGGUGAAGCCUGUUGUGCCAGGUUUUCGGGUAAUGGGCGUUGGUACAGAGCUCUUGUUCUAAAAGUUUCUCAGUCCACAGUGAAAGUACUAUAUGCAGACUAUGGGAACACAGAAACUUUACCAGUUUCAAACGUCCUGCCGAUCACCGAUUCCUACUUAAAGUUUCCUUUUCAAACAAUUAUAUGUUCACUUGCAGGAAUAAAGAAAGCUGAGUGGUCUCCUUUGUUACUUGACAAGUUGAAAGAAAUGUUGUUGAAUAAAUAUGUCACAAUUACAGUGAAGGGAAUCAAUGAAAAUGUGAACUUGGUAAAAGUGGAGAAACAGUGUGAAAAUGGUAGUCUGAAUAUAGUUGACAAACUAGUAACAGAAGGUUUAAUCUGCAAAGCUGAAAACUCAGAUAUUGUGCAUCAAGGCAAUGGAAGUGAGACCAAAUGCUGCUGCACGGAAUUAAAAAUGCAGCUUAAAAAACACGAACAGAUUCUCCUCUUCCUUCUAAACAAAUAUGGGAAUCCAGAUGGGUUCAGUGAAAUGAAAAAACUGUUAGACUGCUAAGUCUGUGACGUGCUGUUUCGUUUGUAUGUGUACCAGGUUACUGCAAUUCCAUUUUUGGAAGAGCAAUUGUAUUCAUCAUACUAAAAAUGAAAGUCA